GGCCCGGGGCUCAGAGCGGAGCAGGCUCGGACAGGAGAGCUGCACCAUGAGGCUGUUUGUCUUGCUGGCUGUGCUCUGCAGUGGAGUGAUGAGCAGUAUUGUGCCACAGAAAAUGUAUGGGAGGAUCACGUCCCCAAAUUUCCCAGAUGUCUACCCAAACCACAAGGAGAGGAUCUGGAAUAUUACUGUCCCCAAGGGAUAUUCUGUCCGUAUCUACUUCACCCAUUUCGACCUGGAGCUGUCCUACCUGUGUGAAUAUGAUUAUGUGAAGCUGAGCUCUGGUGGGAAGACCUUGGCUACACUGUGUGGGAAGGACAGCACAGACACCGAGGAGGCUCCGGGCAACAAGACGUACAUCUCCACGGACAACCACCUCGUGGUGGUGUUCCGGUCCGAUUACUCCAACGAGAAACCAUUCACGGGCUUCGAGGCCUUUUAUGCUGCUGAAGAUAUUGAUGAGUGCAAGCAGCUGUUGGAUGGUGAACCCCUCUGCAAUCACCACUGUCACAACUACGUGGGGGGCUACUACUGCAGCUGCAGGGUUGGCUACACCCUGCAUGGAAACAAGAGGACGUGCACAGCCCACUGUCAGAGUCUCGUUUUUACCGAGAGAAUUGGAGAAAUCAGCGGCCCUGACUAUCCAACAGCUGAUCUCAGCUCCUGCAGCUACAGGAUCCAGAUAGAAGAGGCCUCCUGAUCGUGCUGGAAUUCGAGGAGACCUUUAAUGUGGAGACACACCCAGGACUGCUGUGCCCCUGUGAUGUCCUUAAGGUCAAGGUGCACGUGGUGAUGGACACUGGAGAAACUGCAGCUCGUGGCUCAGCAGCCUGCACAGACCUGCCUGCUGGGCUGGGCAGAGUCACCCACAGCUGUUCCACUGCUUUGGCAAAGGAGCAGCAGUGCUGUGGAUCCUGAGCACGGCUGCAGGCAGAGCCUGCAGAGCACCGAGGUCCCCCAGCACCCCUGCCCUGGCUGGUGCCCCUGCAGGACCUGCUGCACAGCCCUGCCUGCAGAGCUGCACAGAUGGUGCUUUCACCUUCAGAGGCACAACCCCAGUCCCUGUUCAGCUGACAACAGAUUCUCAGAACUAAUGAAAAGCGAUUUCAGAAAAAAAAUGUUUACAAAAUGUUUAAAUAGUUUUAAAAAAUUAUAUAGACCCCCUUACAAUAUAAACUUCCUCUUUCUUGUAUCUCACCUUUCAUUAAUAUUUCACUUUAUAGAAUAAUUGAAAAUGAAGUAUCAUUAAAGACAAUCAAGACUCGAAACACUUCAAUGUAUUUUCAAUAACAGUUUAUUUACUCACUUAUAAACACCAGAGUAUGCAAAGCAGUUAAAAAAUAUUACUGAAACUUGAAAUGGGGAUUUUGUUUGAGGGUGAAGGAAGGCUAAAAUUAUUAGCAAAGACUACUCAAUGCUGCCAACCAGCCACUUAAAACCUAAGCCUGAACAAUUUAAACCUUAAAUUUAAAGAAUUAAAACCAUGCUAAUUACAAAAACUUACCACAAAGUUCCUUGCAGGGGGUCACAGUUAGUCUUUGGAGGUCCAAGAAUACCAUUUUUAAGUGUUACUCAGCAGAAGUAGCUGGUAAUAGUGCAAGUGCUAAAAUGCAAAAUUCACAGAUGGGACAGAGUUUGGAGAUUAUUCUGAUUUAGGUGCAGGAAAAAAAAAUGUAAGCAACUUUUUGCAGUGGAAUAUGAACAAAGGUGUGGGAUUACUUCUCAGCCUGAGUGUUUAGAAACCCUCUUUAAACACUGAGGUACAGCUGAUUUUUUUAACAGUGCAGCCAUGCACUUUUGUCUGCUGUUCGGGUGCUCUGCCCUUCACAAGCCUCAGCAGGACACACAGUAACGAAGAACUCACUUGGAAAGUCACACAGGUUAAACCCUGUACAAAUAUCCCUAUUCAGACUGUUCACAGCCCCAGCACAGCAUUAUGGUGAUAGAACAAUACGGACCAGGCAGCAGAGGGUUGCAAGCCCAAGUAGGUGAAACAAUUCCUCAAGCUCCUACCACCAGUGGAACUUCCCUCCCACCACUUUCUACUCAAACAUCCUGCCCUUCCUUAAGAAGCUGCCCCUUAUGUGACACCUCUGCACCUGUCAUAAACUUAAGUUUUUCAGACUCAGAAUUUAUCAGCCUGUUUAUAUUUACUGGUGCUUUAUUCAGCUGGAAAGUCUUUCCUGUGACUAGUUUUUAGCAGGAGUUAAUAGUGUUCUUCUGGGCUGGAAGUGUGGCAGGAGCCCGUUUCCCAUGAGUGGGCUGGUCUAAAAGCAAGUUAAAAACAUCCAUGCCCAAAGGAGGUGCUGUGGACAGCGAGUGCCUGUCUCCCCCAACCCCCUCCUGCUGAGGAACUCCGACUCCUAACCGAACAAGUCCCAUUCCUUGGCACAGAUGGAAGCUGGAGGGAGCUGCUUACCAGUCUAGGUGCGGGCACCCCAAGGUGUGGGACCUGGAUUUUAGAUCUAUGUCACUGCACAGUGCAAGGCUACAGUGGCUUAGAGGUGUGUCGGUGGCUCCUCUAGAACCUGCUUAUCUGAAACAAACCGAGUGACUGCAAAAAGCUUUACAGAAGUUCAUCUCAAAAGGGUAAAAUUAAUUAACUGCUAUGAAUUCUUUGCAUUCAGGGCUGCAAAACAAAGACACAUAUUACUUAAAUCAGUUUUAUUUAAGAAUUUCCUACAGUGACAAAUCUUAUAAAAAGCAUCCAAACACGAAACUGCAGCAAACAGCAUUCUUAUGGAUAUCUUACAGACAGUGGAACUUCCACCCUGGAGAGGCACACUGAGCUCUAGUGAUCUCUGCUACAAGAGCUACUGCAAAGCACACCACAAGCUCAAUGUUUCUCAUCACAAACCCCAUCGUCUUCAAGUCACAUUACCACACUUACAGAUCAUUAACAGAAAAAAAACACACACCAUACAGCAUUCACAGCAGUUGACAUAAGGGAAAAGAAAUACAAAUAUUCCAUUUCACAUAACACAUUCAACUAAUUGAUUAACUAGGUAGAGAACCCACUUAAAGUCUUCCACAUGUGGAUGUCCUUUGAAUGCAAUAAACACUCGUACUUUAUUUGCUA